AUGGGUUAUUCCAUCGACAAGCGCGAUGUCAUCUCUGUGGCCUUCGUAGGCUUUGCGAGCCUCGGCGGGUUCAUUAUGGGAUCACUCGUUGUAUCCAUCUUGAGCGCAGGGACCUUCUUUGGAGCGCUGUCCUCGGCUUUAUUCGCAGAUGGUCUCGGACGGCGACUUGGCAUAAUCGUUACCAGCAUUCUGUUCAUGGCUGGCGUUGGGCUCCAGGUCGGCGCUCCGGGUAUUGCUGCCUUCGCAGUUGGGAGAGCAAUUACUGGUUAUGGAUUAGGAGCCAUGGUUGCUUGUAUUCCGACAUACCAAUCUGAAUGUGCUCCCAAAUCUAUCCGAGGAGCUCUGGUGAUGGGAAGUCAACUUGCAACGACUAUAGGCCUCAUGAUUGCUGCGGUCGCCAACCAGGCUGCUCUCAAAGUGACUGGAGAAAAAUCCUGGAGGAUCCCUAUCGCUAUCCAGAUUGCGUUCGCCGGUGUUCUGUGUAUCGGCAUGUUUUUCCUUCCCGAGUCGCCUAGAUACUACAUCAAAAAGGGCCGAAAUGAGGACGCGCUUCGCGCCAUCUCUCGGCUACGAGCAAGGAGCAAGACCGACCCAGCUGUAGUUGAGGAAUACGAAGAGAUGGCAGGGGACAAACAAGACCAGAACCAGGAUCUUGACUGGACUGGGUUUCCUGGGCACUCAGCAGUUGACAGGUAUCAACUUUAUCUUCUACUAUGGGACGACCUUCUUCGUGAAUUCUGGAAUCAAGGAUCCAUACCUAAUAGUGUCCUCACCAACGUCGUCAACGUUGUCGCCACCUUCCCAGCUUUCGUCCUAAUCGACCGCUGGGCCGACGCACCUCCUCAUUUGGGGCGCCUUUUUCCUCUGGGGCCCGUCGCAUGGGUGCUCAAUGCAGAGAUGUUCCCCCUUGCUGUGCGCGCCAAGGGUCUGGCGAUGACGAACGCGACUAAUUGGGCCGUCAAUUUCGGGAUUAGCUACUCGAUUCCUUAUCUCGUCAACGAUGGGCCUCAAUCCUUGGGCCUCGGUGCCAGAGUGUAUUUCUUGUGGGGAAGCCUGAGCGCCCUCUGCUGCGCAUAUGCCUAUUUCUUUAUCCCGGAACCAAGGGACUUACACUCGAACAAGUGGAUAUGCUUUUCCUCAAUAGCACACCUCGCAAGUCUGCUACCUGCCGCAAGCAGCUUCUCCGAGAAUCCAACUCUCCCUCCGUCGAAGAUGGCAUUCCAAGCCUGA